UCAAGUACCCACUUAAUAACCUCGACGAACUUUAAAUCGUCCGUAUCCAAGGCCAUCUUUGCUGCGGAUGAUGUUGUCUAGUGGGACAGAUGAGGCAUCGUGGCAGAGCAGUGCGUGACAGAGUCAAGUCAGUCCCCGCUACGCCACCGUCAGAAGCACACAUAUACACAGCAGCUCGCAACCUACACACACACAAGUCUUCCUGCCUCCCUAGAGCGGUUUCUCGCUCAGAAUGGGAUGCCGGGACUUCUAUCGUCUUAGUGGAGACUAUUACUUUUAUUUUGGACUUAUGAGAAACAAAUAACUGUGUGGAAAACUCUAUACAUAUAUAUUUUUUUCAUCGGUAAGGCUGGAAGGAUUUUGAAAAACAAAUAGAAAAGACAUGGAACAGGAGAACUUCAAAAUGAUGGAUCUGUGGUAAACGAAAAGCUGGAAACUCAAGCUUUCUCUUGCUUUCCCCUCGCUGUGGAGGAAAAUAAAAGUGAAUUUGUGACUGAUAAGACAAUAUAUAGUAUAUAUGAAGAGGCUUCCGUUGAAUGCUGUCUAAUAAUCUUGUCAAAAAUUCGUAUGGUGACGAACGCUUGUAGUAGAUAUCUGAGUGUUAUCUUCGACAUCUUUGACGAAGAAGCGGCAUCUCAACUUAUCACAAAUCUACAUAAUCUAUUUUUUAACGUUACGGAACUACUUGCCCCACUGAACUGCCCGAAGCUGUUCAAGAUUGUAUGAGUGACUUCAAGGUGCUCAGAGAGUAUCAUUUGGCACGUAUGUCAAUUAUAACACUACAGCUAACACAGAGAAUCCUGCAGCAGCUGAAGGUACACACGCAAGGAUGGCUUAUCGCAGCAGAGGUUAUCCCAGAGUCGUUCUUCAGCUUAUUUUACUCACACAGUUGGCUACACGUACCUCAGGUCAGUGUAGUGGAAUCGAGACGUUUGAGAAGGUGACGAGGGUGACAGCUGCUACAACAGACGGAGCACCUCUCUUCACCAACCCUGGCAACACCGUAACAGAGACCUGCGUCGAGAGUUGCCGAAACUCAGAGACGUGUAAAGGCUUUGUUGUAAACUACGCGAGAGAAGCUUGCUUCAGCGUGGAUGCCACUCCCAGCACACGUCUACAACCCAUAGAUCAACCUCUCACUUACUUCCACAAGAUCUGCCUCAGUGCGCCUGCGUGUGGGAAGCUCUGGAUGCUGGAGCGAGUUGUGGGCUUUGAGGUGGAUGGAUAUGAUGACCUGGUGCUCACUAACGUCCCAACCAGACUGAAAUGCGCAGAACUGUGCGUAGGUGAGCGCAACCUCAAAUGUCGGAGCGCAGAGUACCACGAAAGGGAUGGUGUGUGUCGUCUUAGUCGCCAAGAUAGACGGACUCAGCCCCUCAGUUUCCGUCCGUCGUCGCCUCAUGUGCACUACAUAGAGAACCAGUGUGCCGGCAUCUCGAAGGUACAACACUGUGAGUUCGAGGAGCUGCCUCAGCAAGACAUGGGUCACGGAGACGUCCAGUUCACCGUCAGUUCUUUGGCUGAGUGCCAACUAGCGUGUGAAUCGGAGGUGACGUUUAACUGCCGGUCGUUCACAUGGUUCGAGAGUGCCAAUGUGUGUCGUCUCUCAGGCGACGACACUGUGUCUGCAGGGCCGUCUGCUGUCUUCCCCUUCCCAGGAGCUGUCUUCUACCAACGCACCACUUGCCUCGACCUACGUCUGGAGUGUAGUGUAGACGCUAUGACAGUUGCCCUGCACACUGGCGAGCCCUUUAAAGGAAGGCUUUUCUCAAGAGAUUUUCCUAAUAGCUGUCAGUCCAAGGAUAAAGGCCGUACUGACACUUUCCUCGUCAUCAAGUUUCAUGACCCUGAGUGCGGGGUGAUGGACGAGGGGAACGGCGUGUAUAGCAACGUGAUCGUUGUUCAACACCAUCCUGUCAUACAACGCCGGGGAGACAAAGCCAUAAAGCUCCUUUGUCUCUUCGAGACCGGCAACAAGACGGUCACGGACAGUUACAACUUCAUCGUUGACAGUUUCCCAGGCGGUGGAGUGGCUACGGGCAUUGUCAACGCCACGGCUCCUACGCCCAGGAUACGCCUACGUAUUGUGGAUCGCGAAGGCAAUGACAUCAUUGGUGCCAGGCUGGGCGAGGAGCUCUACCUCAGACUAGAGCUGGACAGCGAGAGUGUAUAUGGCAUCCUGGCCCGCAACCUGGUGGCCAAGAGCAGUGACAACAGCGACUCCAUCACGCUGUUGGAUGAGCGGGGGUGCCCUGUUGACCCGGUCAUCUUCCCGUCCCUCCAGCCUGUGCCAGGCUCCAAGAGUCUCCAGGGCAAAUUUGAGGCCUUCAAGUUCUCAGAGGACCAAGUGGUCCGGUUCCAGGUUAACGUCCAGUUUUGUCUGGACGAGUGUCGUCCGGCUCAGUGUGGUCCAAUCGUAUCGUACGGGCGCAAGCGGCGAGGGUUGACUAAGAAGGGAGGUCUCUUGACGCUGGAUGGGGAGAUCUCCCUUGAGGGAGGUGAGAUAACCCUUGAGGGAAAGGACUUGGUCCUUGAGAAUGACGCCGAAGAAAUAGACCAGGACACUAUCUACCACGAGAUGCCGCUUCAGAAGGAGAUAAUCGUCAACAGCAACACAGUGAAGCCGCUGAGGACGGGCCUACUGCCCGAAGAGACAGACGCUCGCAGGCUGGCGCAGCUGGUGUGUACUUCGAGGGAGGUUCUCAUUGCUAUAGUGGUCUCCGCACUCAUCCUACAGGUGUGCAUAGUGUUGAUCGCAGUCAUGUGUGUGUUCGCCAGACGAAGAAAGCUCCCGCCUGAGGAACACCGCGUAAUCUCCACCCUCAGUAGGGGUGUGAGGUCUCCUUACACCGUCACCACUUCCGAAGACUCCGCCAACACUCUCAAAAGCCUCAGGACUUCCUUGAGGGACUGAAGUCUACCUUUAGACCCUAGGGACAUUUUUGAUUAUCAAGACGCUGUCGGAAUCCUUUUCUACAUGCGUUGUGGCUUUGUAAAAUAUUGUAAAUAUUUUAGUAUUAAUAAUGCAAGACUGAAGGUUUUCUAGGAUUCUUUGAAAGCGAUAAAGAAUGUAUUUCUCAAAGUCGCACUACAGAUGGACUGGUCAGAGGCCGUUGUUUAUGCUUUGUAAAACAAAACCUGUAAAUGACUUUCUCGUAGUCUCACAAAAUCUAAGAUUUGUACAUAAACCAAUCUUAGAUCCUGAGGCUUGUAUAGGAAUGUCUAAGCUUAUUUAAUAUUAAUUUCUUAAAUUUUUAGAAAAAGCUUACUUGUAUGGUUUAUCAUCGAGUCUGGAUACAAGACUUUGUGCUAUUUGCAUGUAAAAGGUUUCAGUGUGAUACCUUAUGUUUACGAUAAAGUUUUUAAUUUAAAUAUUGUGUUAUGAGUGAAUGUUACUUGUCUUAUUUAUGCAAAAUGUUGUUCUGUGAGUAGAUAUGAAUGUUAUGUGACCGAAUUAUUUGCAAGUUGUUAUUUAUAGUAUUCAGUGAGCAUAGACUUACCUGUACAGUAUAUAUAUAUGGGGAACGAUGUGGCGAGGAAAUAUGCUGAGGUUGUGCUGAGGAUUUUAAUUGCUGAAGGUACACUAAGUGCUGUGUUAAGGAAAUGUCUUGCUGCCAUAACUUAAGAAGUCACUGUUCCGUGACUGGAGCAAUCCACAACCGACCCACAAAUUUCUGAAUGAAAAAACUUUCGUUCAACACCAUUAUCAAGUCGCAAGUAACACAUUCACUCUCCAUGAGGGACAGAAACGUCCUCUAGUUUCCAUUUUCUCACAUGCGAGUUUCUUGAAAAUAUUUGUAAGUGCCAGUGCCACUCUCAGUUCUUCCUCACUAGUAGAGCCCAAAUGAUGAAGCUGUGUGUUGCGGUAUUUAAAAGUUCCUUUAGCAUUGACCUAUGUAUGUAUUAAGGUAUAGACACGAUACACUUGUAGUUAUAACUGUACCGAUGUUUUACACACACACACACACACACACGUAUUCGUACGGUCGUUUAAAUUAACUCUCCUAGAGCCUGUGUGUAGCACACUUCACACACAAUAUCUAUUUCAUUUACGAAAGGUAUUAUGAACAUAUGUUAUGGCGUCUUAACCACAUGAGGGUAAAUUGACCAAGGGAUAAAGAGGCAUUACUGUAGUUACCAAAUCACUGGCUUAGGAGCCUUAGUGUGGUUACAUAUAUAGGUUAGAGUUCCUUAAGACUUAAAAUGACAAUGAUUCAGCUUUACUUGAGAAUCUAACUAAUCUGAGCACCUCUUAUCUAGACUAAAAUUGAUUUCAGUUGGAGGUAAAACCUAGAUUGUUUGAAACAGUUUAAAGAAACACUUACAAACCACAAUCUAGAUAAAAUAAUUAAAAAUUUAGAAUCCAGAUAGCAGUGAAGAUUUAAUUCUAAACUGAAAUUGGUUAUGAAGUGUAAAAGAAGCUGAGAAGUGUUUUACAGUAUAUAAAAAAAUGGUAGUUUUGACGUAAUGUAAAACCAAGUGAGAAAUUUAGAUUUUUUUUAAAAACUCCUUAUAUAUUUUUUUUAUUUUUUAAACUGUCCGGGAUUACUUUUUUGUAACAUGCACCAAUGUUGCCUUGAAAACCGUGAUUAAAAGUUUAGUAGGAAUAAUUACAUUUACGCUUAGGUGUUAAACGCGUAGGGGUUUUACUGAGCCUGUAAAAUGGAGAUAACUAGUUUUGACCUGAAUAAGAUAAGGAUGGCUGAAAGUCCUUGGAUGAAGAGCUCUUCGCCCACAUUAAGCGAAAGCUCUUUACCUCAAAGGCAUUUUUUUCGAACCAUCAUCAUGGGCAUUCUCGUUCACAACAGUUGUGGCACGAUUUUUUUUUUGUAUAUAUUUUGGCAGCAUUACCGACAAUAUAUAAAUUAAAAGGACACAAGUGCA